UCAGUCCAUGAAGACGGUCUGUCCUUUCCUCAGUGUUAGAGACUUUCAUUCAUUCAGACACGUUUGUUCUACAGCUGUUAGAAAAGUGAGUGAGGAGAAACUAGAAUCUUACAGACAUGGAGGAAAGACAGAUAGCCUUGGCCAAGGAAGGGGGUGUAGGAUCAGGAGUGACCUUUGACCAGUCACCUUCAGAUUAGAUCUACCUGAGGGGGCAGGGCCUGAAAAGCCCAGGGUUGUCAAAAUGGCAACAACGUCCUCCUUGCAGAGCAAAGGUCUGGGUCUGGUUCUGGUGGAAUUUGGGUAUGAGUACGAGGGUCGGGAUGGGGUGCUGGUCACAAUCAAACCCAAUGAGCGCUAUAUCCUUCUGGCGAAGACCAACAACCACUGGUGGCAGGUCCAGGAGGAUCGCAGCUCCAAGCCCUUCUACAUCCCGGCCAAGUACGUCAAAGAGCUGCCGCUGGAGUUACCCUCUCCUCUGGACUUUGCUGAUCCUCCCAGUUCCGAACCGGUGCUGCCUGUCAUGGCUCCAAUCCCUGUGGCGGUGCCUGUCCCCAUCCCAAAGCCUCUGGAAGAGUCCAGAACCAAACCAAGUGAUGACAUGACCAUCAGACUCACACCCGAUGCGGUCAAAAGGCACCACAAAAAUGAAAAUCGGAUGUCUACAUUUGGCGUCCCGCUGGACUUCCAAGAUGUGGCACCUCGGCUACCUGGGGCCCCUGCUGGUCCUGCAGAGCCCGGGUCAACAGCAAACAGCAGAACUGCAAACUCUACCGAUGGCAAGAAGCAGCCCCACCCGUCAGGCUACGUGGAGGACGUCAGGGACGUCGGGAAACCUCGCGUUCCCAGCUUCAGUCCGGCAGACCCCCUCUCAGUGCCCCGGCCCCACGUCCAACCCAUCCGAGUCGAGACGCCGGUGAUCCCACCCCACAGCAACCUCCACAACAUGUCCUCCUCUCCAGCAGGACGUCCGGACGGCCACGAAUCUCCAAUAGAGCCAGAUGAGGAGGAGCUGGCAGAGGAUGAAGCAAGCGUGGAGGAGAACGGUGAGGAGGAGCGGGACUCAGUGAAGGGCGAGGAUUCACACCACAUCUACGAGUCCAUCCAGGACCUGAACCUGGACCUGGAGGCUCUGGUCGGAGGGAGAGCGAGCCCUGCAGCACAGGCCGAGCCUGCAACACCUGAGGCUGCACCUGCCCCACCUCCCACACAGAACCAAAGCUCUCCCGACCCUCUGUCGCCCAUCUACGCCAACGUCCCGUCUCUGAAGAAAUCGGCUCAGCCUCAGAGCUCUUCUGGCUCCUCCCUCUCCUCUCCACCUCCCACAGACCACGCCCCCUCAACAUCAAACCACAGCCCAUCAUCUUCUACCUCCUUGGGCAUGAUCAGCCCCAACUGCCCAGUCAGCGCAAAGGACAGAUUGCAGGGCCACACUGAGCAAGACAGCAGGAGGCAGCCUGGAACCAACCACAUGAACGACUCUCGCAAUCCUCCACCCGUGCCAGUUAGAGACCUGGACCGGUCCAAGGGAAAAGAAGGGGGUCAGCUGACCUCCACUUCCCCCGUCAUCUCCCCCGCCUCCUCUCAGGGCUCCGGUGGCUGGGAGAAGGUGUUUGAUGAAGUCUCAGGAAGACCUUACUACUUCAACCGCAGCACACGAACUACAUCCUGGAAUUUACCCGAGCCAUCCUCCCCGUCACCCCCACCUGGAUCUGCAUCCCACAGGAAGCACGAGGGUGGCCCGCCUCCCCUGCCAGAGGAAGAUUAUCCUGUAGGCGACCAUAAAGACGCCAGCUUCAGAACGGUACCACACACACAGACUGAGCACGCGGUUCAUUGUCAUACAUCGAUGAUAGUCCUUGGAUUGUUCAGAAUAUUCUCCCACAUUUGUGCCUUUUUCUCUCCACAGCAUCCUCAGCAGAGCUUGGGCCUGAUACCCAGAGCUCACCUGGACCUGAAGGAUCCUCAGAUUCCCUCAGUGCCCCAAAGUCUGAUGGGAAAUGGAGUUUGUGAGGACGGAGCGUCGCUGCAGGCCAGGAAGCUGAGACUCAGCAUGGGAGAAGACACGUGUUCUCAUGGCCACCGGAGGAACUUCUCCGAUCACACUGACAUGAUAAGCAGACACGCCUCCCCCGACAGUCCACAGCUCUCUAAUAGGUGCAGACUGAAGAGGAAUCUGUCCAAUCAGAGCACAGGGUCCAGCUCACAGCAUGGACACCUGCUGGAGAAAGCUGGGAUUCUCAACAAGACUAAAGUGGCUGAAAAUGGAAAAAAGAUCAGGAAGAACUGGAGUCAAUCGUGGACUGUCCUGCAUGGAGGGAUCCUCACAUUCCAUAAAGACCCCAGACCAGCCGGGAAUGCUAGCAAAGCGUCACAGAUUGUUCCAGAAUACACCGUUGAACUCAGAGGAGCUUCGGUGAGCUGGGCCUGCAAAGACAAGUCGUCCAAGAAGAACGUUCUGGAGCUGAAGACACGUCAGGGCUGCGAGUAUCUGAUGCAGUACGACAAGGAGAGCAUCAUCGGCGACUGGCUCAAAGUGAUCCAGGACACCAUCGGACAGCUGGUGCCAGACGGAACACACAGACCGGAACAGGAGCACCUAUCAGACAGUGAAGACGAUGCGAGCAGGAUCCCAUCGGGAGCUGACACGGAGCAGACGCGAGUUCGGUCCAAACUGCGACGCUUCCUGCAGCGAAGGCCGACUCUGCAGAGCGUCAAAGAGCGAGGAUACAUCAGAGACAACGUCUUUGGCUGCCACCUGGACACUCUGUGCCACCGAGAACACAGCACCAUCCCCAAGUUUGUGGAGAAGUGCAUCAGGACAGUGGAGCGCAGAGGUCUGGAUGUGGACGGGAUCUACAGAGUGAGCGGAAACCUGGCCGUGAUCCAGAAACUACGACACAAAGCCGAUCACGAGGAGCACUUGGACCUGGAGGACGGACAGUGGGAGGAGAUUCACGUGAUCACCGGCGCUCUCAAGCUUUUCCUGCGGGAGCUUCCAGAACCGCUGUUUCCCUUCAGUGUCUUUGAAAAGUUCAUCGCCGCCAUCCAAGUCCCAGACUACAGCCUGAGGGUGUCCUACAUGAAGGAUUUGGUGCAGACUCUUCCUCUGCCGAACCACAACACCAUGGAGCUGCUGUUCAGACACCUGCGAAAGGUGAUAGAACACAAGGACUCUAACAGGAUGUCGGUUCAGAGUAUCGCCAUCGUGUUCGGACCCACACUGCUUCGCCCCGAGACCGAGUCGGCAAAUAUGACGAUUCACAUGGUGUUCCAGAGCCAGAUUGUGGAGCUCUUGCUCAACGAGUUCCAGACUGUUUUCUCAGAGAGCUAAAAGGAAACUCCUGGAAUUUACUCUGCAUCCUGCGAGAACCCUCAGAGGACACAUGACUCUUCCAACACCCUCGAGAACAUUGACCUACACACCUACACACCACCUGCUCUCUGACCCGGGAACCGAAUGUGGAAAUUAUAACUGAAUCUGAGAGGACCACCUGAUACCCAGGGUUGGUUCUGAAACCUCUCUCACUCAUCUUUAAAAGGAGCAGACCUAAUCUGACAUUUUAUUGGCACCUUAAAACCAUCAAACAUGUGACAAAGACAUCUUUCGCCAGACUUGUAGCUCUCUGGACCGAAACAGGAACUGAUCCUGGGUGAACCUCUAGGACAGGUUUGAAACCUUACCAGCAUGUUUGCUUCUCCUUCAAGACAAAACACCAAAAUGGUGAAUGUCCUGUUAAACCUCUGAAUGCCUCACAUUAAACCAGACUGGUUCAGGACCCUUUGAGAAACUCGUGGAACUCUGAACUCAUCUUCUAUUGCUUUUUUGUUUUUUAACUCUGUGGACGUUAAACUUUGAACCGGAACCUGCUGGCUGUGUUGUCUGGACCCAAAAACCCUUUUUAUAAAUUUCAUAUAUAUAAAAUGUAAAUGUAUAUUAUCAGCAUCACGCCUUAAAUGAGCUGAAAAACAGCAGAACAAACAGUAUCCUGAUUGAAUGGCACCGUCUCAGGAUCCUGUGCUUCUUCAGUGUACAGACACAAUCCAAGUAUUUUUGAAUUUUCAGACCUUCCUCUGCAGAUGACUGGAAAUUUACCUUCAAGGUAUGACUUGGUAUGACUUUCUGGUAUCUUUCUGUGAACCAGAAAGUCAUACCAACCCAAAGAGGGUGAGUCUCCAUGGAAGGAGUUUAUUAGCCCUGAGCUGCACAUAUGAUUCUGAUCCUGAGAAUGCAAAAACCCUAACAGAUCCUGAACACGACGCUGCUGCUGGAUUAGUCGUGUCCUGAUGGUUCAAAUGGGUUCUGGGCUGAUGAGGUACAUUUCGGUAUCUCCAUCCACCUGUUCAGGUAUAUCUACCAGAGCAGCCAUCAGUCUGUGCUGCAUUCACUGAUGCUGGGAAACACAGCUUCACGCGGUAAAAUAAUUUUCUACAUCAGUGUUGAUACCAUGAGUAUGUUUAAGUUACAUAAAACAUGCAACACAUUAAACACUGGAUCAAACUCUAUAGACUUUAUGAUGUGAUAAUCAAGUUUUCUUAAAUAUGGAGCUUCCUCAACAGAUGGAACAUUAUAGAAAACGUAUCUGAAACGCUUGACUCCGAAUGAGAGACAGAAGUUUUAUCGACUGUUAAACUGUAGAUCUGAGUGAAAGGAGGCUCCACUGAACACAGAACAAAGGAUUUAAAACUAUAUCACAGCCAGGGAUGGAUUUUACAGGACAGUUCUUACUGUUAUAAUUAGUUAUGUAUGUUUUAAUAGUACUGAGUUUCUAUGCACUACAGAUGCAGAACUAAGUUACUUUGUUAGGGAAGAUAUUCCUUUCUGUACAAGAGGGCAUUUUCCUGACUUUAGUUUGAAAUAAAGUGUCAUGUAUGACGGUA